AUGAAAUCUGGACGGCCGAGAUGGAAGUGGACUCGAUUUGCACAGUCACUUCUAGAGGCAUCGAUCAUCGUGCAGACGACGACAGCUUGCUUGAAUCAGGAUUCAAUUCAAGUUCUUUUCCUUCCUUGGAUCAAAUUCUGAACCGAGGGGGAAGGAGCGAUGGCUGAUGAAGAAGGCGAACAUGAGCUCAAUGUGGAAGUAGUUACCGGUGAGGAAGAAGAAGGAGGAGCCAACAACCGUAGCUAUUCCAACGAAUCAGCCACUCUCGACGACGUCCUCCGCCGUUUUGUAGCGGAUGUCUACUCUUCAAGUGAACAGGGGCCACUAUUUCAGCGUAUCAAGUCAUUUCUUUCUCAGAACCUUCCUCUUCUUCCAGAAGCUUCCACGAAUACUGCUCGCAACCUCCUUCUCUGGGCUCGCCAUGGAACUCCUCUUCGCGCCCUUCUACUUGCAUCUGUUGGAACAAUUGGUGUUAUGACCUUAACAGGACUGCUAGUUUUUAUGAUCUUCUUUUUGGCUGCAACUGUUAACGCCAUUGUCAUCUCCCUCUUAAUGUGUCUCGCAGCAGCAGGAGGUUUCCUAGCUAUGUUCUUUACAUGUCUCGUUGCCAUCUAUCUUGGUGCAUUGACAAUUGCCGCCUUUGUUAUUUCUGCUGCCACAUUUUCUGCACUCAUAGCUGCUCUGUUCGUUACAGGUUGGUUAGGGUUCUUCUUUGUAGUGUGGAUGAUAGCAAUGAAAAGCAUUGAUCUCACAAAGCAUUCAUUAGCUACAGCCGGAUUAGCUAUCUCUUCACGUUCAAUUGCCAGUCAAGCUCAUCAUGAUUAACACUAAUGGACCGAGGAAUAUUCAACCUCUAUUCAAGAGGUUCAGUUCAAACUUCUCAAAUUCCCCGGACCCUUUCCCCUUUCCUUCCUUGUAGAUGAAGUUUCAUUUAUAUAUACAUACAAGUCUGUUAAAUUUUGUUAAAAAAAUGUGAACUUUUACUACAAAAAUACACUAUCAUCUGUUUAUUCUUAAUCAAGAUCUUAUAUACACAGUUUGUCAAACUUUUUGGAUUUGAAUCCUAUACAAUCAC